GGAUGAACGAGGAGCACGUAAUAAAGGGGUUAGCUCUAAACUCUGGCGCGAUCUCGCUCGCUUCACGCGCGUUCACCAUCACCAUCAUCAUCAUCACACCUGUUCCAGUCUGCGCAGGUUCCGCUCACCUGCGCCAGAAACACACUUCAAAACAACAUGACUUGAGCUCCAGCCUCGCAGACCAGCCGAACGAAGCGCGCAAUGACCGUGCCAUGGAGUUUGCUGUGGAUUCUGGGUUUGAUCUGCUCCUCGGACUCCAGCUGCUCUCCGACAUCUUACUAUAAGAGCUGCUGGAUCCGCAGAUAUCCAGGACUGUAUGUGGAUGUAGAGGAAUCUCAGCGCAGAGGAGCUCAUAUCCUGAGGGUUUAUCAGGACGAGUCUGCGCUCAAGUGCAGCAGAGCCUGCUGUCUUACACCAAACUUCUCCUGCAACCUGGCUGUGUUUCAUUUCAACACCACUCAGGACAGUGUGAACUGCUUUCAUCUGCAAUGUCCGACCGCUGAGAGCUGCAUUCCUCACCGCAGAGGAAAUGUCAUCCUCUAUAAUGUCACUAAAGGUGUGGAUCCGGACCUGUUGGUGUUCGGGAAGCACUUCACCACCAACGUGCGUGUUCUGCCUCACAUGUCUUCCUCGCGGCUCAAUGUUUCAGAGCCGCUGACCUCUGACAAGCGUCAGUUCAACUAUCCACCCGUCCGCUCCAUCAGUCCUCCCUCCACUAGUACAAAAAAACCUACAACCCCCCAAAAAACCACUCGAGCUGUUCCUACUACACUUGAAGUACAACAUAACCUCCCUCGAUGUGCUACAACAACUCCGAGCACAUCAGAACACAUCAUAUCAACUACGUCACUCAAUCCCCAACAGACGUCGACUACGCCACAGUGGGAAUCAACAAAACUGCAUCAUAUUACACAAACCACCUCUCAGACGAAUGAACCUGAUACAAGUACUGACACUUUAAACCACAGCAUCCCAAACCCCUCGACUACAGCCCACCCAAGCUCUACAACUGACUACUUUGACUCUACUUUGACCUCCAUCCCAAUCAAUGAAGCUCUUACUACCCAACAGCCUUUGGGAUUACAAACUACAUCUCUACAGACUACAAAAUCUUUAGUGACGGCUUCUCAAAACCCUACGCAAUCUUUUGCCAAGACUACCUCGCUACCCAAUUCGGAUGAGUAUCUAGAAACAGUCAAGACAGUUACUUCCCAGUCUUCUGCGUCUUCACAAUCGGAAACCUUAACAAACGCAAAGCCUUUGACUUCUGCAAACGUGCCCUUACAAACCCAAACUCAGAUUACCCCUGCAUAUGAGACGAUACAAGCUGUAACUGCUCAAAGCACGUCAGAGCAUGUUAUAUCAACUACGUCACAGCUUAAAAUGGACUCUACACUCAAUCCCCAACAGACGACUACUACGCCACAGUGGACGACCACAAAGCCCUUAACAUCUGCAAACGUGCCCUUUCAAACAUCAUCCCAAAUUACCCCUACAUAUGAGACAAUACAAGCUACAACUGCUCAAAGCAAGUCAGAGCAUGUUAUAUCAACUACGUCACAGCUUAAAAUGGACUCUACACUCAAUCCCCAACAGAUGUCUACUACGCCACAGUGGACGACCACAAAGCCAUUAACAUCUGCAAACGUCCCCUUUCAAACAUCAUCCCAAAUUACCCCUGCAAAUGAGACUUCUACCCCAACCCAAACUACUAUUCAAUCCCAACCAAAACUGACAAUUAGCAGCGACACAAGAACCACCAAUCCUACAAUCCCCACUGAUGACUCUACAACCCCUAGACACCUGACCCUAACUUUUACACACACCCGUAUGGGAAAAUCGGCAAAUAAUUUGAGUUCUUCCCCUACGAGCAGCAUGAUGGACAGUCAACCGUAUCCCAACGACACGAAGGGUUACAUCAGCCGAAACAUCACUACAGGUGACGUACCUCGACCCGUUGGGGACGGAGGAAGCUUGACAUCGGUAUGGCAUUUGGCGGCCAAUACCGUACUAGUGGCCUUAGCGACUUGCGCUACCGUCACGUUCUGCUGCUGUUGUUCGGUGUUCGCGGCUCUGAGCUGGAGAGGCCGGAGGCGACGCAAGGGCAGGUACAGGACAAAUCUGAGGGGGAAGAGAGGAUCAAUGAGACUCAUCAAAUACGUCAUUGUAAGGGAAAGCUCGUAAAGCAGGGUUCCUUGGGUUAAGCUCGAACCCUAAUCAAACACGCCUGAACGAGCUAACCGG